AUGGUGCUCGCCGUGCCGCUCCUGCGGCUGCUGGCGGGGAUCUCCGCCGCGGUGGUGACGGCCGGCGCGCCCCGGCCGGCGGCGCUGUCCCCCGCCAAGGGAGACGCCACACUUGCCUUCGUCUUUGAUGUCACCGGCUCCAUGUGGGACGAUUUGAUGCAGGUGAUCGACGGCGCCUCGCGCAUCCUGGAGCGUAGUUUGAGCAGCGGCCGCCAGGCCAUUGCCAACUACGCGCUGGUGCCCUUCCACGACCCAGAUAUUGGCCCGGUGACCCUCACGGCUGACCCAGUGGUGUUUCAGAGGGCGCUGAGAGAACUCUAUGUUCAGGGAGGCGGUGACUGUCCCGAGAUGAGUGUGGGGGCCAUCAAAGCGGCCGUGGAAGUCGCCAACCCCGGCUCUUUCAUCUACGUGUUCAGCGACGCCCGCGCCAAGGACUACCAGCGAAAGGAGGCGCUGCUGCGGCUCCUGCAGCUGAAGCAGUCACAGGUAGUCUUUGUACUGACGGGUGACUGUGGUGACCGCACACAUCCUGGCUACCUGGCUUAUGAGGAGAUUGCCUCCACCAGCUCUGGACAGGUGUUCCAGCUAGGCAAGCAGCAAGUGACAGAGGUGCUGAAGUGGGUGGAGUCAGCAAUCCAGGCCUCCAAGGUGCACCUGCUGUCUGCAGACCAUGAGGAAGAAGGCGAGCACACAUGGAGAAUCCCUUUUGACCCCAGCCUGAAGGAGGUCACCAUCUCACUGAGCGGGCCGGGGCCUGAGAUUGAAGUCCGGGACCCACUGGGGCGGAUCCUGAAGAAGGAUGAGGGCCUCAACGUACUCCUCAACAUUCCAGACUCGGCCAAGGUCGUGGCCUUUAAGCCUGAGCACCCUGGGCUGUGGGCCAUCAAGGUCUACAGUGGUGGCCGCCACUCAGUGAGAAUCACGGGCAUCAGCAACAUCAAUUUCCGAGCCGGCUUCACCACGCAGCCCUCUCUGGACCUGAACCACACCAUCGAGUGGCCUUUGCAAGGGGUGCCCAUCUCCCUGGUGAUCAACUCUACGGGCCUGCAGGCACCUGGCCACCUAGACUCGGUUGAGCUCUCCCACAGCUCAGGGCGCACGCUCAUGGCCUUGCCUACACGGCCCCUUUCCAAUGAAUCCACUCAUCAGCUGUGGGCUGGGCCGCCCUUCCAUGUGCCGCAGGAACGCUUCUAUCUCAAGGUGAAGGGCAAGGAUCACGAGGGAAACCCCCUUCUCCGUGUCUCUGGAGUUUCCUACAGUGGGGUGGCCCCAGGUGCCCCACUGGUCAGCAUGCCCCCCAUGAUCCACGGCUACCUGCAGCAGCCCCUGCUGGUCUCCUGCUCUGUGUACAGCACCCUCCCCUUCCGGCUGCAGCUGCGGCGAGAUGGAGCCAGGCUGGGCGAGGAGAGACAUUUCCAGGAGUCGGGAAAUAGCAGCUGGGAGAUCCCACGGGCCUCCAAGGCGGAGGAAGGCACCUACGAGUGCACGGCAGUCAGCCGGGCUGGGACCGGCCGGGCAAGUGCCCAGAUUCUCAUCACAGACCCUCCGCCCCAGCUGCUCCCUGGCCCCAAUGUGACCGUGUCCCCGGGGGAGACUGCCACCCUGUCCUGCCAAGUUCUGGGUGAAGCCCCCUACAACCUGACAUGGGUCCGAGAUUGGCGAGUCCUGCCAGCCUCGACAGGCCGAGUCUCCCAGCUGGAGGACCUGUCCUUGGAGGUCAGCAGCAUCGUACCCAGUGAUGGCGGGAGGUACCAGUGUGUGGCCAGCAAUGCCAAUGGGGUCACAAGGGCGUCCACCUGGCUCCUGGUGCGAGAGGCCCCUCAGGUCAGCAUCGACACCAGGUCCCAGCGCCUCUCCCAAGGUGUGGAGGUGAAGGUCAGUUGUUCAGCCUCAGGAUACCCUGCACCCCAUAUUUCCUGGAGCCGUGAUGGCCUUGCCCUGCCAGAGGACAGCAGAAUCCACGUGGAUGCUGAGGGGACCCUGAUCAUUCAGGGGCUAGCCCCAGAGCAUGCUGGGAACUACACCUGCCAGGCUGCUAAUGAAGUUGGCACUGACGAGGAGACAGCUACUCUCUUCUAUACAGACCCGCCGUCGGUGUCCCCUGCCAAUGCUGUGGUGCUUGCAGCUGCCGGGGAGGAGGCCGUGCUGCAGUGUGUGGCAUCUGGGGCACCCCCACCCCGGGUCAUCUGGUAUCGAGGGGGUCUGGAAAUGAUUCUGGCUCCCGAGGGCUCCAGCUCUGGGACUCUGCGGAUCCCUGUGGCUCAGGAGAGGGAUGCUGGCGUCUACACCUGCCGGGCUGUCAAUGAGUUGGGUGAAGCCUCCGCAGAGGUCCAGCUGGAGGUUGGACAUGCACCCCGGCUGACUGAGCAGCCCCGGGAUGUCACCGUGGAGCUGGGCAAGAGUGUCAUCUUCACCUGCCGGGCUGUGGGCCGCCCGCCCCCAACCGUCACCUGGCGUCGUGGAGAUGGCCAGGCCCUGGGGCUCGGGAGGGGCAGCAGAAGCGGCCAGCGGGAUUCAGGAGUGCUGUUCUUUGAAAGUGUGACCCUCGAAGACCAGGCCUCUUACAUCUGUGAAGCUCGCAAUGUCUUCGGAAAGGCUCAGGCCGAGGCCCGGCUUGGGGUCACUGGACAUGCACCUCCACAGAUCGCUAAUGGUGCCGCCACCAUCCGAGUCCUGGAGGGACAGCCGGUGUCCCUGUCCUGUGUCAUCCUGGCAGGAAAGCCCCUCCCGGAGAGGCACUGGCUCAAGGCUGGCCGGCCUCUCCCACCAGGCAGUCAGCAUUCUGUCCGGGCUGACGGCAGCCUCCACCUGGACCGGGUCCUGCAGGAGGAUGCUGGGAGAUACAGCUGUGUGGCUACCAAUGUGGCUGGCUCUCAGCAUCGCAACGUGGAGCUGGUGGUCCAGGUGCCACCUAGAAUCCAUCCAACUGCCACCUACCACGUCACCAGUGAAGGGGUCCUGGUCUCCCUCCCCUGCAAUGCUUCAGGAGUUCCAGCUCCCACCAUUACCUGGACCAAGGAGACCACCACCCUGACCACCAGGGGCCACUACAACAUGGGCAGAGAUGGCACCUUAGUCAUUUCCCGUCCGUCCCCCCGGGAUGCAGGCGCCUAUAUAUGCACAGCCACCAAUGCCGUGGGCUUCUCCAGCCAGGAGAUGCGGCUUUCCGUCAACUCCAAGCCCACGAUCAAGACGAACGGGUCCCAGGAUGCCCAUACACCUCUGAGAGUUACAGCCAAGGCCGGUGAAGAGGUGACCCUGGACUGCCAGGCCCAGGGCUUCCCACCCCCGCUGGUCACCUGGACCAAGGAUUCUCACCCUCUACUGCCCGUCUCUGACAGGCGUGACCUCCUCCCAUCCGGCUCUCUGCGCCUGGCUGAGGCCCAGGUGGAUGACAACGGCCUCUACGAGUGCACAGCCAGUAACCCCGCUGGAGCCGCAUCCCGCCGCUAUGUCCUCGGGGUGCAAGUUCCCCCCCAGGUGCAAGCAGGCCCUCGAGUCUUGAAGGUGCUGGCAGGAGAAGCCCUCGACCUGAACUGUGUGGCUGAGGGCAACCCAGAGCCCCAGUUGAGCUGGUCCAAGGAUGGGGUAGCCCUUCAGAGUGGGGAGCCCCAGGGUUCCAUCCGCUUCACAGCCAUCAAGACGGCUGAUGCCGGGACGUUCCGCUGCGAGGCCUCCAGCAGCGCUGGUCUAGAUGCCUGGGAACUGGAGCUUCGGGUGCUGGAGCCGCCCCACUGGGGUGCCAACGAGACCAACAGCCUGCUGGAACGAGUGGCGGGAGAGAAUGCCAGUCUACCAUGCCCUGCCCAAGGGACACCAAAGCCACAGAUCACAUGGCGGAGGGGCCCAUCCUCAGAGCCCCUGAGCGGCCGGCCAGGCGUGGUGGUGUUGGAGGAAGGCUCUCUCUUCCUGUCCUCCGUCUCACCCACGGACAGCGGAGAGUACGAGUGUCAGGCCACCAACGAGGCUGGCUCCGCAGCCAAGAGAGCCAGACUGGUGGUCUACGUGCCCCCCGGCAUCCGGGACAACAAGCACAAAACCAACGUGUCAGGCCUGGCUGGGCAGUCUCUGACCCUGGAGUGUGAUGCAAAUGGCUUUCCAACCCCUGAGAUCACGUGGCUCAAGGAUGGGCGUCUGUUCCUAGAUGCAGAUGGCCACCACCUCCUGGAUGGGGCCCGGUCUCUGCAUUUCCCCAGGAUCCAGGAAGGUGAUUCAGGCCUCUAUUCCUGUCGGGCUGAGAACCAGGCUGGGAGUGCCCAGAGAGACUUCCACCUCGCUGUGCUCAUCCCUCCUUCUCUGCUGGGAGCCGGGGCCACCCACAAGGUGCUGGGCCUGGCUGGUGCUGACGUGGAGCUGGAGUGCCGGACCUCGGGGGUCCCUGUGCCCCAGGUGGAGUGGACCAAGGAUGGGCAGCCCAUCCUUCCGGGAGAUCCUCAUGCCCUACUCCAAGAGGAUGACCAGGUCCUGAGAAUAGCCAGUAGCCACCUGCGUGAUGAGGGUCGGUACCGCUGUGUGGCCUUCAGCCCGGCAGGCCAGCAGGCCAAGGACUUCCAGCUAAGAAUCCACUCGCCCCCCACCAUCUGGGGAUCUAACGAGACGGGCGAAGUGGCCGUCCUGGAGGACCACGCGGCACAGCUCCUGUGCGAAGCCCGAGGAGUGCCAGCCCCUGAUAUCUCUUGGUUCAAAGACGGGGUCCAGCUGGCCGCCAGCACCGAGGUGGUCUACAGCAGGGGCGGCCGGCAGCUGCACCUGGGGAAGGCCCAGCGCUCCGAUGCUGGCCUCUACACCUGCCAGGCCAGCAACUCUGCGGGGUCCGCUGAAAAGGCCAUCAGGCUGCAGGUGUAUGUUCCACCCACCAUUGAGGGUGCCCACGGAGGGCCAUAUGCGGUGCAGGCUGUGGCCGGGAGGCCCGUGGCGCUGGAGUGUGUGGCCAGAGGCUAUCCGCCCCCCACCCUCUCCUGGCAGCACGCGGGGCUGCCCGUGUCGGACAGCAAUGUGACGUCACUGGAGGCAGGCGGCAGUGUGCUGACCCUGGAGAGCCCGGGGGAGGCGUCCGGAGGCGUGUACAGCUGCGUGGCCAGCAGCCCUGCUGGAGAGGCUGUGUUGCAGUAUUUGGUGGAGGUGCAGGUGCCCCCGCAGCUCCUGGUGGCUGAAGGAGUGGGUCAGGUGACCGCCAUCGCAGGACAAUCUCUGGAUCUUCCCUGCCAGGCCUCGGGCUCACCGACGCCCACCGUCCAGUGGCUGCAGAAUGGUCGCCCAGCUGAAGAGUUGGCUGGGGUACAGCUGGCCUCCCAGGGUACCACCCUGCACAUUGACCACAUGGAGCUAGACCAUGCGGGCCUCUUUGCCUGCCGGGCCACCAAUGAGGCGGGCACAGCUGGGGCUGAGGUGGAGGUGUCCGUACAUGAGUUCCCAUCAGUUCACAUCAUUGGAGGCGAGAACCUCACGGCCCCUUUCCUGCAGCCUGUGAGCCUCCAGUGCAUAGGCUCAGGAGUGCCUCCCCCGAGUCUCCGCUGGUGGAAGGAUGGUGUGGCCCUGGCGACCUCAGGGGGCAUCCUACAGAUCGAGAAGGUGGACCUGAGAGAUGAAGGUGUGUACACCUGCACUGCUACCAACCUGGCAGGAGAGAGCAGGAAGGAUGUGGCCCUAAAAGUCUUGGUGCCCCCCAACAUCGAGCCAGGCCCAGUCAACAAGGCAGUACUGGAAAAUGCCUCAGUGACCUUGGAGUGUCUGGCUUCUGGUGUGCCCCCUCCAGAUGUCUCCUGGUUCAAGGGCCGCCAGCCUGUCUCUGCCCAGGUAGGGGCAGCAGUCUUGGACGGAGGGAGAGUCCUCCGCAUCGAGCGAGCCCAGCUUUCUCAUGCCGGGAGCUACCGCUGUGUGGCAGCCAACGUAGCGGGCAGCGCUGAGCUGCACUACGGACUGCGGGUGAACGUGCCACCCAAAAUCACCCAGCCACCCAGCCUGCCAGGCCCAGUUCUGCUCGGAGCACCCUUCCGGCUGACCUGUAACGCCUCUGGUGUCCCCAGCCCCACGCUGAUAUGGUUGAAGGAUGGAAACCCUGUGUCUCCUGCGGGGACUCCUGGCCUUCAGGUCUUCCCGGGCGGCCGGGUCCUCACUGUGUCUAGUGCCAAGACCUCUGACGCUGGCAGCUACUCCUGUGUGGCGGUGAGCGCCGUGGGUGAGGAGUGCCGGGAUGCCAUCCUGCAAGUUCACAUGCCCCCCAGCAUCCUCGGAGAAGAAAUGAAUGUGUCUGUCGUGGCCAAUGAGUCAGUGACCCUGGAGUGCCAGAGCCAGGCCGUACCACCUCCGGUGCUGAGCUGGUGGAAGGAUGGGAGGCCCCUGGAGCCGCGGCCUGGCAUCCGCCUGUCCACAGACAAGGCCUUGCUGGAGGUGGACCGAGCUGAGGUGGGGGACGCAGGCCACUACGCCUGUGAGGCCCUGAAUGAGGCAGGCCGCUCUGAGAAGCACUUCAACUUGAAUGUCUGGGUUGCACCAGUGUUCCCCUCGGUGGAGCCCUACACUCUGACUGUGAGCAAGGGGCAGACUGCCAGACUUUCCUGUGACUGCUGGGGUGUCCCCUUCCCCAAGAUCUCAUGGAAGAAGAACGGUCAGCCCUUGCCCAGGAAGGAGGCCGGCGUGGAGGAGGUGUCAGUGGUGGGAAGACUGCUCUAUCUAGGGCCGGCCCAGCCAACCCAGGAGGGGACAUAUACCUGUGAGUGCAGCAACGUGGCGGGGAUCAGCAGGCAGGACCAGCGGCUGGAGGUUCAGGUUCCCCCACAGAUCACUGGUCCCCGCGAGCCCCUCACGCUGGUCUCCGUGGUCCAGGGUGGAGAGGCCACCCUAGAAUGCAACGCCACAGGGAAACCCCUGCCCGUGGUAACGUGGGAGAGGGACAGCCAGCCCCUGGGGACUGAGCCCGGCCUGCGGCUGCAAAACCAGGGCCACAGCCUGCACGUGGAGCCGGCACGGGCUGCCCACAGCGGCCACUACAGCUGCGUGGCCGAGAACGUGGCCGGGAGGGCCGAGAGGAGGUUUGCGCUCUCGGUUCAGGUGCCCCCGGAGCUCCUCGGGAACUCAGACCCACUGACCAACGUCACCACUGCCUUGCAUGGCCCCCUGACACUGCUCUGUGAAGCUACGGGGACCCCGCCCCCAACAAUCCGCUGGUUCCGAGAAGGGCAGCCCAUCAACCCUGGGGAGGACAUCUACCUUUUGUCAGGCGGCUGGGUGUUGAAGGUGACGCGGGCACAGGAACAGGACAGAGGCCUCUACUCAUGCCUGGCCAGCAACGAGGCUGGAGAGGCACGGAGAAACUUCAGCGUGGAGGUCCUGGUUCCCCCCAGUAUUGAAAACGAGGGCGUGGAGGAAGUGAUCAAGGUCCCUGAGGGACAGACUGCCCAGCUGGUGUGCAAUGCCACAGGCCACCCUCCACCCAAGGUCACAUGGUUUAAAGAUGGUCGGCCUCUGGCUGGUGGAGACUCCCAUGACGUCUCCCCAGACGGGACCCUCCUGCAGAUCCUCCAGGCCAACCUGUCCAGUGCUGGCCACUACUCCUGCGUGGCCACCAAUGCCGUGGGGGAGAAGACCAAGCAUGGGCGGCUCAGCGUCCUGGUGGUUCCCACCAUCCUGGGAGUGACCGAUGACAGUGCCAACGAGGAGGUGACCGUCACUGUCAACAACCCCAUUUCCUUGAUCUGCGAGGCGCUGGCCUUUCCUUCCCCCAACAUCACCUGGAUGAAGGACGGGGUGCCCUUUGAGGCCUCCAAGAAUGUGCAGAUACUCCCAGGUACCCAUGGGCUGCAGAUCCUGAAUGCCCAGAGAGAAGAUGCCGGCCAGUACACCUGCACGGUCACAAACGAGCUGGGGGAGGCCAUGAAAAACUACCACGUGGAGGUCCUCAUUCCCCCCUCCAUCUCCAAAGACGACCCCUCCGGGGAGGCCCACGUAAAGGAAGUGAAGACCAAGGUCAACAGCACUCUGACCUUGGAGUGUGAGUGCUGGGCUGUGCCCCCGCCCACCAUCAGCUGGUACAAGGACGGACGGCCUGUGACCCCCAGUCAGCGACUUCACCUCCUGGGGGAGGGGCGCCUGCUCCAGAUUCAGCCUACGCAGGUCGCAGACUCGGGCCGAUACCUAUGCAUAGCCACCAAUGUGGCUGGUGAGGAUGACCAGGACUUCAAUGUGCUUAUCCAAGUGCCCCCCAUGUUCCAGAAGGUGAGCGAUGCUGGGGCAGGCUUUGAGAUCCUGCCUCAGGAAGAGCUGGAGGAGGAAGAGGCCCGGGGUGAGGUGACAGAAUACCGGGAAGUCGUGGAGAACAACCCAGCCUACCUGUACUGUGACACCAAUGCUAUCCCUCCGCCUGAGCUCACCUGGUACAGGGAGGGCCAGCUCCUGUCAGCGGCAGACGGGGUCUCUGUGCUGCAAGGAGGCCGGGUUCUGCAGCUCCCCCUGGUGCGGGCGGAGGACGCCGGGAGGUAUUCCUGCAAGGCCUCCAACGAGGUGGGGGAGGACUGGCUGCACUACGAGCUGUCAGUGCUGACACCACCUGUGAUCCUGGGAGACGCAGAAGAGCUGGUAGAAGAGGUGACCGUCAACGCCAGCAGCACCAUCAGCCUGCAUUGCCCAGCCGUGGGCAACCCGGCUCCCACUCUUUCGUGGCUCCAGAACGGAUUGCCUGUGUCCCCAAGCCCACGGCUACAGGUCCUGGAGGAGGGACAAGUCUUGCAGGUUUCCGCGGCAGAGGUGGCCGAUGCUGCCAGCUACAUGUGCACAGCUGAGAACCAAGCCGGCUCUGCAGAGAAACUUUUUACCCUCAGGGUCCAAGUCCCACCGCGAAUCUUACAGCAGAACUCUGAGGAGGUCACCGCCCUCUUCAAUGGCAGCAUCUCCCUCCCCUGUGAAGUUCACGCCCAUCCCAGCGCCGAGGUCACGUGGUACAAGGAUGGCCAGCCCCUCUAUCUGGGUGAAGAGGUUUUCCUUCUCCCUGGCACCCAUACACUGCGGCUGAUCCGGGCACAACCAGCUGACUCCGGGAUGUACCUGUGUGAGGCACUCAAUGCGGCUGGCCGAGACCAGAAGGCGGUGCAGCUCAGUGUUCUGGUCCCUCCCAGCUUCAGACAAGCCCCCACCAGCCCCCAGGAAGCCGUCCUGGUUCGGGCAGGGGACAAGGCCAUUCUCAACUGUGAGACAGACUCACUCCCUGAGCCAUCUGUGACCUGGUCCAAGGACCAGCAGCCCCUGAGCCUGGUGCCGAGGAUACAGACUCUGAGGGGCGGCCAGCGGCUGGAGAUCCUGGCCUCCCAGGUGUCAGAUAAAGGCGUUUACACCUGUCAAGUCAGCAAUGCAGCCGGGGAGGCCACACGGACCUUCAUCCUCUCCGUCCAGGUGCCCCCAACAUUUGAGAAGCCUGAGAUGGAGACAGUGAGUCAAGUGGCUGGGAGACCCCUAGUCCUGGCCUGUGAUGUGUCCGGGGUCCCAGCACCCACUGUUACUUGGCUGAAAGACAGAAUGCCUGUGGAGAGCACCGCCGAGCAAGGUGUGGUUUCCCGGGGAGGCCGCCUACAGCUGAGUCGCCUGCAGCCCACCCAGGCGGGCACCUACACCUGUGUGGCUGAGAACCCCCAGGCUGAGGCCCGCAAGGACUUCAUGGUAACUGUACUGGAGGCUCCCCGGAUCCAGAACUCGGGCACAGCGCAAGAACACAACGUGCUGGAGGGACAGGAGGUGCGGCUGGACUGCGAGGCGGAGGGACAGCCGCCACCAGAUGUGGCCUGGUUGAAGGAUGGUGGUCCCCUGGCCCAUCGUGUGGGACCCCACCUCCGGUUCUACCUGGACGGCAAUGCCCUGGUGCUGAAAGGCCUGAGGGCUGUGGACUCGGGCGCCUAUACGUGUGUGGCUCAGAACCCAGCCGGAGAGGAUGCCAGGCUGCACACUGUGAAUGUGCUGGUUCCCCCCACCAUCGAGCAGGAAGCUGGCAGUGAGAGGGCCCUGGUGAGCAGACCUGGGGAGCUGGUGAGCCUGACCUGCCCUGUCCGGGGCUCCCCCCCCAUCCACGUGAGCUGGCUCAAGGACGGCCUGCCCCUUCCGCUCUCCCAGCGCACUCUCCUCCACAGCUCUGGCCGUACCCUCAGGAUUUCCCAGGUGCAGUUGGCAGAUUCGGGUGUCUUCACCUGUGUGGCUGCAAGCCCGGCUGGGGUGGCAGACAGAAACUUCACCUUGCGGGUGCUGGUGCCUCCCACCCUGGAGCCAGUGGAGAUCCAGAAUGCUGUGGUAGCUGGCCAAGGCUCCCCCGUGACGCUCCCAUGUGAGGCCCGGGGCAGCCCCGAGCCACUUGUGUCAUGGAUGAAGGACGGGGAGCCCUUGUCACUCCAGAGCCUGGAGGGGGGAAGCAGCCUGCGCCUGGAGGCAGUGGGAGCUGGUGACUCUGGGACCUACUCCUGCGUGGCAGUGAGUGAGGCCGGAGAGGCCAGGAGACACUUCCAGCUGACUGUGAUGGAUCCCCCCUACAUUGAGGACUCAGGCCAGACCGUUGAGCUGCUGCUGCUUCCAGGCGCCCGCCUGGAGCUCCUGUGCGAUGCCCGGGGUGUCCCCCCACCCAAUAUCACCUGGUAUAAGGAUGGGCAGAUCCUGAGCAUGCCAGAGAUCAGCAGCCAAGAUGGCCGGGUGCUCAGGGCAGAGGCCAUGCAGGUGGGUGAUGCUGGGCUAUACACCUGCCUGGCAGAGAGCCCUGCGGGUGAAGUCGAGAAGAGCUUCAGGGUCAGAGUUCAAGCCCCUCCAAAUAUUGUUGGGCCCCGGGGCCCUCGCUCUGUGGUUGGCCUGGCUCCAGGACAGCUGGUUCUGGAGUGCCCAGUGGAGGCGGAGCCAGCGCCUGAGAUCAAGUGGCACCGAGGAGGCGUCCUGCUGCGGGAGGACGCGCACACGCAGUUCCCAGGGGAGGGCAGGUUCCUUCAGCUGCAGGCUCUGAGCACAGCCGACGGCGGGGAUUACAGCUGCACAGCCCACAACCCUGCGGGCAGUACCAGCGUUGACUUCCACGUCGAAAUUCACACGGCCCCCACCAUCCAGCCAGGACCGCCUGCCCUGAACGCCUCAGCGAACAGUACGGCCCUGCUGCCCUGCCAGUCCCAGGGUGUGCCCGCGCCCCUCGUGAGCUGGCGGAAGGAUGGGGCCCUGUUGGAUCCUGAGAAUCCCAGGCUGGAGUUUCUGCCUGAGGGUUCCUUGCGGAUCCAACCAGUCCUGGCCCAGGACGCAGGCCACUACCUCUGCCUGGCUUCCAACUCAGCUGGUUCUGACCGGCAAGGUCGUGACCUCCGGGUCUUUGAGCCUCCAGCCAUUGUCCCUGGCCCCUCCAACCUGACCCUGACUGCCCACAAUCCAACCUUGCUACCCUGCGAGGCCAGCGGCUCCCCCAAGCCCUCCGUGGUCUGGUGGAAGGAUGGACAAAAGCUGGAUUUCCACUUGCAGCAUGACACCUACAGGCUCCUGCCCUCCAAUGCCCUGCUCCUCACAGCCCCUGGCCCUGAGGACUCAGCCCAGUUUGAGUGUGUGGUGAGCAAUGAGGUGGGCGAAGCCCGCCAGCACUACCAAGUGACCAUCCUAGUGCCUCCCACCAUUGCGGAUGACCAGACAGACUUCAUGGUGACCAGGAUGGCACCUGUGGUCCUCACGUGCCACAGUUCAGGUGUGCCCACCCCGACCGUGUCCUGGAGCAAGGCGGGUACACAGCUAGGGGCGAGGGGCAGCGGCUACCGAGUCUGGCCUUCGGGAGCCCUGGAGAUCAAACAGGCUCUCCCUGUCCACGCUGGUCGCUACACUUGCACAGCUCGAAACUCAGCGGGUAUGGCCCAAAAACAUGUGACCCUCAAGGUGCAAGCGUCCCCUGUGGUAAAGCCACUGCCCAGUGUGGUUCAGGCCAUGGCAUCAGAGGAGGUGCUUCUGCCUUGUGAGGCCUCGGGUGUCCCCCGGCCAACAGUUACCUGGCAGAAGGAGGGGCUCAGCAUCCCCUCAGGAGUGAGUGCCCAGGUCCUCCCCAGCGGCCAGCUGCGGAUUGCCUAUGCCAAGCCUGACGACGCCGGGAACUACCUCUGCAUAGCCCAGAACAGUGCGGGCAGUGCCAUGGGGAAGACAAGGUUGCUGGUGCAAGUCCCCCCCAUGAUUGAGAACGGCCUCCCAGACCUGUCUGCCACCGAGGGCUCCCAUGCGCUCCUGCCCUGCACGGCCAGGGGCAGUCCGGAGCCUGCCAUCACCUGGGAGAAGGACGGCCAGCCUGUGACGGAAUCCGAGGGCAAGUUCACUCUGCAGCCUUCUGGGGAGCUGCUGGUGAGGAACUCUGAGGGCCGGGACGCCGGGACCUAUACCUGCACUGCCCAGAAUGCAGUGGGCCGCGCCCGCCGCCGUGUGCACCUCACCAUCCUCACGAUGCCCAUCCUCACCACCCUGCCUGGGGACCGUAGCCUGCGCCUCGGGGACAGGCUGUGGCUUCGCUGUGCUGCCCGGGGCAGCCCAACACCCCGCAUCGGUUGGACCAUCAAUGACCGGCCUGUCACAGAUGGGGUGUUGGAGCAAGAUGGGGGCAGCACACUGCAGAAAGCGGCCGUGGCCAGAGAGGACAGCGGGACCUACGUCUGCUGGGCCGAGAACAGAGUGGGCCGUGUACAGGCAGUCAGUUUCAUCCACGUGAAAGAGGCUCCUGUCCUACAAGGGGAUGCCUUCUCCUACCUGGUAGAGCCUGUAGGAGGCAGCAUCCGGCUAGACUGUGUGGUCCGUGGAGACCCAGCACCAGACAUCCGCUGGACCAAAGAUGGUCUUUCACUGCCACUGCUGGGCAGCCGCUUCCGCCUCCGGCUACAAAAUGGCUCAUUGACGAUCCUCAAGACAGAGAUGGCCGACGCGGGACAGUACCAGUGUCUGGCUGAGAACGAGGUGGGCGCUGUGAAGAAAGUGGUGACCCUUGUGCUUCAAAGUGCCCCAGUGUUCCAGGUGGAACCCCAGGAUAUGACAGUGAGGUCUGGGGAGGAUGUGGCUUUACGGUGCCAGGCCACUGGAGAGCCAGCACCCACCAUCGAGUGGCUACGGGCAGGUCGGCCUCUGCAGGCUGGCCGGCGGCUUCAGACCCUGUCCGAUGGGAGCCUGUGGCUGGAGCGCGUGGAGGCUGGAGAUGCUGGAACGUAUGAGUGUAUGGCUCACAACCACCUGGGCUCUGCCACAGCCCAGGCAGUCCUGGCCGUGAGAGGGGCGCCCCGGGGGAGCUGGGGUAACCUGAUUGGGACGAUCAAUGGCCAGGAAUUUGACAUGGCCACCCUCAAUACCAGUGUGCAGCAGGAGGCACGUUCCGGAGUCACCACCAUCCGCAGUAGCAUUGGCCACGUCCCAGCAAGUGUGGGCCCUCUGAUGCGAGUGCUGGUGGUCACCAUUGCUCCCAUCUACUGGGCCCUGGCCGGCGAGAGUGGAGAGGCGCUGAAUGGCUACUCCCUAACCGGUGGCAAGUUCCGGCAAGAGUCACACGUGGAGUUUGCUACAGGGGAGCUGCUCACAAUGUCCCAGGUGGCUCGGGGCCUGGAUGCCCAAGGACUCCUGCUCCUUGAUGUGGUGGUCAACGGCAUGGUCCCUGAGAGCCUGGCUGAUGCAGACCUACAAGUGCAGGACUUCCAGGAACGCUAUGUGCAGACGGGGCCCGGCCAGCUGUUUGUGGGCUCCACGCAGCGCUUCCUCCACGACGGCCUCCCAGCCUCCAUGCGCUGCAACCACAGCAUCCGGUACGACGUGGAGCGAGGCCCCCAGCCCCAGCUCGUGCAGCACCUGCGGGCCUCGGCUAUCAGCUCGGCCUUCGACCCAGCCGCUGAGGCCCUGCGGUUCCAGCUCACCACGGCCCUGCAAGCUGAGGAGAAUGAAGUCGGCUGUCCUGAGGGUUUUGAGCUGGAUAGCCAGGGAGAAUUUUGUGUGGACACAGACGAGUGCUCGGGUGGCCCCAGCCCCUGUUCCCACUCCUGCCGCAAUGUGCCUGGCCACUUCUCAUGUUCCUGCCCAGCUGGCUUCUCCCUAGCCUGGGAUGGCAGGAACUGCAGAGACGUGGACGAAUGUGAAUGGGACACCCACCUCUGCCAAGAUGGGCAACGCUGUGUGAACCUGCUGGGGUCCUAUCACUGCCUCCCUAAAUGUGGGCCUGGCUUCCGGGUGGCUGCAGAUGGGAGCGGCUGUGAAGAUGUGGACGAAUGCCUAGAGCAGCUGGAUGAGUGUCACUACAACCAACUCUGUGAGAACACCCCAGGCAGCCACCGAUGCAGCUGCCCCAGGGGGUACCGCAGCCAGGGCCCUGGCCUGCCAUGUCUAGACAUAAAUGAGUGCCUAAAGCUGCCCAGAUCCUGUGCCUACCAAUGCCACAACCUCCAGGGUGGCUAUCGCUGCCUGUGCCCACCAGGCCAAACCCUCCUACAUGAUGGCAAGGCCUGUGUCCCCCUGGAACAGAGCAAACAGAAUGGGACUACCACCAACCAACGGGGCCCCUUCCUGCCCUGGCUGCGGCUCCUGACCCCCAGCCCCGGUGGCUCCUACCAUUCCUGGGUCUCCCUCUGGCCGGGUCCUAGAGCGUUGAGCAGUGUGAGCCAGGCUUGGUGUCCACCUGGCUUCAUCAGACAGAAUGGCAUCUGCACAGACCUUGAUGAGUGCCGCGUGAGAAGCCUGUGCCAGCAUGCCUGCCGCAACACAGAAGGCAGCUACCAGUGCCUCUGCCCCUCGGGCUACCGCCUCCUCCCCAGCGGCAAGAACUGUCAGGACAUCAAUGAGUGCGAGGAAGAUGACGUGGAGUGUGGGCCUGGCCAAAUAUGCUUCAACACCCGGGGCAGUUACCAGUGUGUGGACACACCCUGUCCCGCUGCCUACCGACAGGGCUCCAGCCCAGGGACGUGCUUCCGCCGCUGCUCGCAGGACUGCAGCGCCCACGGCCCCUCCACGCUGCAGUACCGGCUGCUGUCGCUGCCGCUGGGCGUGCGCGCCCACCACGACGUGGCGCGCCUGGCCGCCUUCUCGGAGGCCGGCGUCCCCGCCAACCGCACGGAGCUGCGCGUGCUGGAGGCCGAUCCGCGGAGCCCGUUCGCGCUGCGCACGCUGCGCGCCGGCCACGGCGCGGUCUACACGCGGCGCGCGCUCACCCGCGCGGGGCUCUACCGGCUCACCGUGCGCGCCGCCGCUCCGCGCCACCACGGCGUCUACGUGCUGCUCAUCGCCGUGUCGCCCUACCCCUACUGA